AACUUUCUUGGAAGUGAGAGAAAUUACAUGCAUUCCUCAUUGUCUUUAGAUGAAGAUAUACUCGUAAGGAAGCUACUCCUUACACAUGACCCCGAUGGUCGUCAUCUAGAUUCUGAGCUUUUGCUUCAGGCCGUUGAGAAAAUCAUAUGCUAUGCUACUCCAUCAGGAUCAUUGGUCUCUGAUUUACAUCUUGAUGGCAUGGCAAGAAAUGACAUAAACAACAUUGAAGUAAUUGGAUCACAAGAACUUCUUGGACAUGCCAUCUAUGAGAUUUCGCGCCAGAUGCUUUACAAAUGCUCUGGUGAAGGGAGUCUCCAUGCCAGGGCAAUGAUCUUGUUUGAUUUGCUUGGAAAUUAUAGAUGGGAUGCCAAGGUUGUGAUAGUACUUGCAGCGUUUGCUACAAUCUAUGGUGAAUUUUGGCUUCAAAUGCAGUUAAAUCCUCGCAACACCUUGGCAGCAUUAGUUGCAAUGCUUAAACAGCUGCCUGGCGACUUAAGCAUGGAGAAGCCUCGAUUUAAGGCACUGAGCUUGUUAACGAAAAAUAUGUUGGAAGUGACCAAGUGUAUUAUCAAGUUUGAGGUCCUGCCAUUUGCACAUCUAGGACUGGGUAAUGAAGAAGCAAUAGCCACCACAAAGUCCCGGAUCUACAUCGCUUCUUACUGGGUCACCAGAAGCGCCUUAGCCUGCUCUUCUCAAUUCCUAGACUUGAUUGCCCUGAAGCCUGAGUAUUCGCAUUCAACUAUAAUUGCAGCUUGGGAGCUCUCAAGUCUGUCAUAUAGAUUGAGCAGCAUUCACAGUCUCCUCUGGCGAUUGGUGGAUUUGUUUUAUCAGGAUAUAGAAAAGAAGAUCUAUGAGAAGCUUUUGAACCUUUUUAAGGAGACCCACAAUGAUAACCAGGAGGUUCUUUGCACUUUACUAGCUAUCAGGGAUGACUUAUCACUCAAGGAUUGUUCCACACAAGGAAAGGUGGAUGUAUCAGAACUAAGAAAUAAGGUAGUUAUACUGCUGAUCUCAAAGUCAGAACUCCUUCCAUUUGAGGAGCUAGUUUUGCUUGUUCGCCAGACAUAUGAUCACCCUCAUCACCAGAAGUUAGAAGGAAGUUAUGGCAUUGUAUGGAUUCCCAUGUCGAAUUCCAAUACAUGGACUGCUGCUGACAAGGAGACUUUCCAUUUCUUGUCCAAUUUGUUGCCCUGGUACUCACUCUGGCAACCGUGGCUACUCAACCAUGCUGUGGUAAACUACAUAAAAGAAGCAUGGAACUACAACACUCAACCUCUUAUGGUAGUGCUAGAUUCGAAGGGGACGGUCACCAACUCAAAUGCUAUCGAUAUGGUACUGAUCUGGGGAGCCAAGGCAUAUCCCUUCUCAACUUCAAGAGAAGCAGAACUUUGGCAAGAAGAGAAUUGGACACUGCAGCUUCUCACUUAUCAAAUUGAUCCCCUACUAAGUAAAUGGGUAGACGAAGGCAGAAACAUUUGCAUUUACGGAAGUGAGAACCUGGAUUGGAUCAAGGAAUUCCACGCUAAGAUAUUGCUGAUUAAAAGUUCCAGAGUGCAGCUUGAGAUGGUGUUUGUUGGUAAGAGGAAUCUUAGUGAAAAUGUGAAAAGCAUUUUAGACAUCAUCAGAGUUGGAAAACAUAAAAGCUUGUUCUCUUUCACGACCAUAUAUUUGUUUUGGCUGCGAUUGGAGUGUAUGAGAAGAUCGAAACAACAAUCCGGAAAGACGAGUAAAACUGAUAACAUUUUAGAAAAUAUGUCAGCAUUGCUAGAGGUUGAUGAUGAAGCCGUUGGCUGGGCAGUAAUUGGAAGAGGGAGCUCCGCGGAUGUUGUAAGGCUUCAUGGAGAAAAGCUGAUGGAAACUUUAAAUUCGUUUCCAGAGUGGGCAGAGAAUGUUGGGAAGUUAGGCUUCUUGGGUGCACUUAGAACUGCCAUUGAACCACCUCCACCUCUUCCAGGGCCUUGCAACCAUGUCAGUGUUGUUCCAUUCGAUAAAGGAUUGAUUGAAGGAACUGUUCUUUGUGAAAAAUGUAAGCGUCCUAUGAAGAUUUCUGUUGUCUACGAAUGAAAUGCCAGUACUCCUGACAACACUGGCUUGCCAUAGAUAUGACUGAAUAAUUUAUGCAACAAGUUCAAAUUUUAUAUAGAAAACUAAACCCUAUUGUUUGUUGAUAAUGCACAUCUACUGUUCGACAAUAAUAUUACUCUUAGAGC